UUGGAAGCCUGCAGCCCCUGCAGUCUGCAUACUACGGACUACAACUCCCGACACACACCGGAAGGCCGCGCAGUAAUUACGAGCAACCAACCGUGCCCCAGAAACGCAAGCCCCGCCCCCAAAUCGGGGGGCGGAUUCCGCCAAUGGCAGAGCUCCCAGCGCGGAGCCUGCGGGUUAGGUUGUGAGGUCCGGGCCGGGGGCGGGGAGGAGCCGAGGGGUUUCAGAGAGAGCUCGGCCGCUGGGUGGGUUGGGGCGUUCCGCGCGCCCUUCAUUGAAGCGGCGGUGGCCGGGCUGGGCGCCGGGAGUGGGAAGCGACGGCGUGGCUGGAAAAUGCCGGUCCAUUCCAGAGGGGAUAAGAAAGAGACGAACCAUCACGAUGAGAUGGAGGUGGACUACGCCGAAAAUGAGGGGAGCAGCUCCGAGGACGAGGACACUGAGAGCUCGUCGGUCUCUGAGGAUGGAGAUAGCUCAGAAAUGGAUGAUGAAGACUGUGAAAGAAGAAGAAUGGAAUGUUUAGAUGAAAUGUCCAAUCUUGAAAAACAGUUUACAGAUCUCAAAGAUCAACUUUAUAAAGAACGAUUAAGUCAGGUGGAUGCAAAACUGCAAGAAGUCAUAGCUGGAAAAGCACCAGAAUAUUUGGAACCACUGGCAACUUUGCAAGAAAAUAUGCAAAUUCGUACAAAGGUAGCAGGAAUCUAUAGAGAGCUCUGCUUAGAAUCUGUAAAGAACAAAUAUGAAUGUGAAAUUCAAGCUUCUCGCCAGCAUUGUGAGAGUGAAAAGCUUUUGUUAUACGAUACAGUCCAGAGUGAGCUGGAGGAGAAGAUAAGAAGGCUUGAGGAGGACAGGCACAGCAUUGACAUUACCUCAGAGUUGUGGAAUGAUGAACUUCAGUCAAGAAAAAAGAGAAAGGAUCCUUUCAGUCCUGACAAAAAGAAGCCAGUUGUUGUCUCAGGUCCAUAUAUAGUUUAUAUGCUACAAGAUCUUGAUAUUCUUGAAGACUGGACAACAAUUAGGAAGGCAAUGGCUACACUGGGUCCACACAGAGUGAAAACAGAACCACCUGUGAAACUGGAAAAACAUCUGCACAGUGCUAGAUCUGAAGAGGGAAGACUAUAUUAUGAUGGUGAAUGGUACAUACGUGGACAGACAAUAUGUAUUGAUAAAAAAGAUGAAUGUCCUACGAGUGCCGUAAUUACAACAAUUAACCAUGAUGAAGUUUGGUUUAAGAGGCCUGAUGGAAGCAAAUCUAAGCUUUACAUUUCCCAGCUACAGAAAGGAAAAUAUUCAAUUAAACAUUCGUAAUCAUGAUUUAAGUGUUAUCUAAAUCUACCUUAUUAGUGUUACCAACUGUGAUUUGCCAAGGGAGUAAAAAAAUGUAUUCAAUAACUUAAUAUUCUCAUCAAAUCCUGAGAGAAUGUGUAUUUGUAGGUAGUACUCUAAGUAGAUCUCCUAUUGAUAUGUUAUUAAAAGAAAUACUAAUAACAAUUUAAUCA